AUCCCAUUUCGCUCCCGAAAACCACAGCCUAAACCCUAGACGAAAAAAUGUUUCUACUCUUUGUGCUCCACCAACACGGAGGUUGAUUUGAACUUUCAAUUCUUUAAGCUAACAACAAUGGGAGGUAUGAUGAAGACACCAGGUGCCUUUACAUUAACACCGCACAAAGUAUCGGUUUGUAUAUUGCUCCAGAUGUAUGCUCCACCCGCUCUAAUGACUGUGCCUUUCCCUUUCUCUUCCGUCUCUCAACACAAUCGCUUCGGCUUGUUUCUGUUUGCUCUCACCAAGUCUUGUGACGAUAUUUUGGAGCCAAAACUCGACGAGCUUAUAAACCAGUUGAGAGAGAUUGGUGACUUGUUGUAUCAGUGGCUAACUGAUCAACUGAUAAGUAGGUUAUCGUCUCUCUCGUCACCUGAUGAUUUGUUCACCUUAUUUAGUGAUUUGCGAGGUAUUCUUGGAGUACCCGAACUUAGCACAGUGGAAGAUGAGCAGAUUAUUUUGGACUCGAAUAGUAACCUGGGAAUGUUUCUCCGGCGUUGUUUGCUUGCUUUCAAUCUCUUAUGUUUUGAGGGUGUGUGCCAUCUUUUAACAAAUAUAGGGAUCUAUUGUAAAGAGGCACUUUCAACUUGUCCGAAUUAUGAGUUGCCUUGUUUAGAUGAUUCCCAUAAUGAUUUGGAGGCAUUAUCCGAAUACGAGAAUAUGGAUUUGGAGAAUAUUGUUUAUGAAAAAGUUACUGAAGAAAUUGAAGCAAGAAAAAUGGCUAGUGAAAAAGUUUCUUUUCACCUUCAUGCACCAGAAGCUCUUUUUGGAUUGGUUGAAGAUAUUGAGGUUCCUGCUAUCCCAAACUCCAAACAUGGCGACAAUGGUAGAGAAACUUGUUCCUAUGCACAUACUCCAAAUGACGCAUUGCGAGACAUUGAUUCCAGUGGUGGGGCAUUCUUACGUACAAACUGGCAAACUGAGGGGUACUUAAUGGAGCAAGCUGAUGUUAUUGAGAAGCAUGGUAGUUCAUUCUCUUUAAAUGCUUUUGAAGUAAUUCUAAGGCAGCUCCAAAAAUUGGCGCCUGAUCUACAUCGUGUUCAUUUCUUACGUUACCUGAAUAACCUGUAUCAUGAUGAUUAUUUUGCUGCCUUGGAGAAUCUUCACCGCUAUUUUGAUUAUAGGACGCUUGAUUGCAAUAGUUUUGGAAGAUAUGAAAUUGCCUUGUUAUGUUUGGGCAUGAUGCAUUUCCACUUUGGGCAUCCAAAGCAAGCUUUAGAGGUUUUAACUGAAGCUGUUUGUUUCUCUCAACAGCACAGUAAUGAUACUUGUCUUGCAUACACGUUGGCAGCUAUUUGCAACUUGUUGGCUGAAAUUGGAAUCUCAACCACAACUGGGAUACUUGGAUCAUCCUACUCACCUAUAACCAGCAUAGGCACUUCAUUGUCUGUCCAGCAGCAAUUGUUUGUUCUCUUGAAAGAGUCAUCUAGAAUAGCAGAGAGUUUAAAGUUAAAACGCUUGGUGGCUUCUAAUCAUCUUGCAAUGGCUAAAUUUGAUUUAACGCAUGUGCAAAGACCUCUGCUAUCAUUCGGUCCAAAAAAUUCUAUGAAGCUUAGAACGUUUCCAACUAAUGUUUGCAAAGAACUGAGAUUAGGUUCUCAUCUGAUUACUGAAUUUGUCUCUGAAAGACUUACAAUGACAGCUGAGGGUGCAUUUAGCACUGCAUGGCUUAAGAAUUUACAAAAGCCAAUGGGUGCUCUGGUGUUGUCCCAAGAGAAUGUCUCUGGUGGCUCUUCCAAUGCCUUCCAAUUCUGUGCACAACCAAGUUCAAUUCCUGGAUCUGUGAUGCAAUUAGUUGGUUCCUCAUACUUGCUCCGUGCCACAGCAUGGGAGACAUAUGGCAGUGUCCCUCUUACUCGAAUAAAUACAUUGAUUUAUGCAACCUGCUUUGCUGAUGGUUUAAGUUUAUCUGAUGCAGCGUUAGCUCAUGUGAAGCUCAUCCAACAUUUAGCAGUAUUUAAAGGAUACAAAGAGGCCUUUUCAGCCCUUAAAAUAGCAGAGGAAAAGUUUUUAUCGGUCUCAAAAUCACAAAUAUUGCUACUAAAGUUGCAGCUGCUCCAUGAGCGGGCUUUACAUCAAGGAAAUCUGAAGCUAGCCCAACAAGUAUGUGAUGAACUUGGAGUCAUGGCUUCAUCUGUAACUGGUGUGGACAUGGAGCUGAAAACAGAAGCUAGCCUUCGCCAUGCGCGUACAUUGCUUGCAGCAAACCAGUUCAGCCAGGCAGCAGCUGUUGUACACUCUCUCUUUUGCAUGUGUUACAAAUUCAAUCUGCAGGUUGAGAAUGCCACUGUUCUCCUGCUGCUUGCUGAAAUUCACAAGAAAUCAGGCAAUGCUGUUUUAGGUCUUCCAUAUGCAUUGGCAAGCCUAUCAUUUUGCCAGUCAUUUAAUUUGGAUCUUCUUAAAGCAUCAGCCACUCUUACACUGGCUGAGUUGUGGCUUUCUCUUGGUUCUAACCAUGCAAAAAGGGCUUCAACCCUUAUACAACAGGCUCUUCCAAUGAUUCUUGGUCAUGGAGGUCUAGAACUCCGUGCUCGAGCAUUUAUUGCUGAGGCAAAAUGCUUACUGUCUGAUCCAAGCUUUUCAGUUUCUCAAAAUCCUGAAGUUGUGCUGGAUCCUUUAAGGCAAGCUUCAGACGAACUUCAAGUUUUAGAGUAUCAUGAAUUGGCAGCCGAGGCUUUCUACUUGAUGGCCAUUGUAUUCGACAAAUUGGGGCAAGUAGCAGAAAGAGAAGAAGCUGCAGCUUCUUUCAAGAAGCACAUGUUAGCUCUUGAGAAUCCGGAGGAUGAAGAAGAUCAACUCAUAAAUACACGAUGAUGAAAACUUUUAGUUUAUCUGUGUAAAUUAGCCAAUUUUGCAAAUAUAUAAACCUUCUUAGCUUUAAUUAACAGGCCCUUCCUCGUAUGCUCCCAUGUGUUAUCGAUCGACUGUUGUUAAAAGUCUGGGUGGAUAAAUGC